GACGUUGUGCUGGAAAAUUCAGCGUAGUAACAGUUCCUGAUCACGAGAAUGUGAUAAGGGGAAAAAGAGGGAGUCGUCAAAAACUUGCGUGGAAUUUUAUUUGUUUUGGAGCACUGCAUUCAAAAACAGUCAGAUGUAAAAGGAAUAACAGCGAAGAAAUAACAGAUCGUGAUGGUUACUACGAUGUAACUCGAAAUCGAUCAAGCAAGAUUAAUGAAAUUGCACUUAGUAUUACCAUAACUAUUUUCAACUUUUCAAGAAGUGAGAACAUUACAUGUACAACAGAUGCUGAAGGUUCACCGAGUGCGACAUUCAAUUUGGUUGUGGAAGAAGGUAAAAAUAUUCAUUUUAGGAAGAUUUUUUAAGCAACAAAAUAGGAAUUCAAAUAAGUGAAUUAAGUUUUGGCUUAACGUUAAGUUUUGGAGAAACUACUAAUGAUAUUCUUGACGACGACGUAUUGCACUUUCAUAUAUUUUUAUUUUAUUUUAUUUUAUUGUAUGUUCUAGAUGCAGAUGUUGGUCAACGUCAAAAUGAAUUAGAGAAAAACUCGAGUUUUUUCAAAGAGAAAGGUGUAUGGAUAGUGGUUGGCUGCUCCGUAUUGCUGUUUUUUGUCGCAGUGCUUCUCCUUCUAUGGUGUAGAAAAAAAGUGGGACGGAAGCUUCAAUUAUUUUACCAUCCUAAAGAGAAAG